AUGGCAGAUAACAAUUUCAUACCAUCAUCCAAAGAAGCUAACCGCGUACAAGCUCUCGAACGGCCCGAAACUUUUGUAGACAAACGUCAGGCCCUCAUUAAGAAAUUUGACAACGCCUCCUUUUCUUGGUUUUAUGCUCGGGCGUGCAUAGUUGCAGGAUUUGGGUUUUUUACAGAUGGAUACGGUUGGCAUGUAAUAAGUUUUGUGAGCCCGAUGGUGGGUUAUGCUUAUAACGACGAUUCUGCUACAUCAAAAAAUGCCGCUAUUGGCCUAAAAAUAUCAGGCCCCUUUGGCAUGAUGAUCGGCCAGCUAGUGUUUGGCUAUUUGGCAGAUCGCUAUGGUAGGAAAAAGGAAAACCUCGAUCAGGCAGCGGACGACAUUAACUUCAUCGUGUCAGGAAAUGUAAAGUAUAAUAAUAACCGUCGACAUCAAAAUAACGCCAACAAAACAACACUAGCAGCCGUGUACAGCCAUUUUCGUGAAUGGAAACACGGGCGAGUGUUGCUCGCAGCAUCUUUUGCGUGGUUCUUUGUGGACCUUGCAACUUACGGGUUUCGUUCUGACACUCCUCUGGCAGGCAUUAACUUGGCCGCCCGGGAAGAUACUCCUUAUGAGAGGGUUUUGGAGAAAAAUUACAACAGUGCCAUCUGCCUAGUGUCUGGGUUCUUUCCAGGCGCGAUAACGACCUUUUUUACUAUUGACCAUUACGGCAGAAAACCAAUUACAUAUUUUGGCUUUGCCAUGUCGGCGAUUUUGUUUGUUAUUUUUGGUAGUAUCAUUGGAUUUGCACCCAUGACCAUGGCAGUCAGAUCUCAAUGGAAUAUUGCAAUGACAACAAUUAUAAUGUUUUUUCAGACAUGUGGGCCGGACCCGGUGACAUUUCUGAUAGCGGGGGAACUUUUCCCCACUCGCUUUCGUUCAACAGGGUAUGCCAUUACAGCAGCUAUUGGUAAAUUGGCUGCUGUGAUUUCAUAUUUGGGAUUCGAACUCUUAUUUGAUGUCGAAGAAAUGGAUAAGAAUCCUAAACGUGUGUUUUAUUGGUCUCUUAUUCUUGCCUUUGCAAUGUUGUUUGGAAUGGGUUUUACUUAUUACUUACCGGAAACUAAUGGUCGUUCAUUGGAAGAAAUAGCUGGAGAAAACACUGAAAAUGAAAUAGGUUUAAACAAUAAUACUAGAUAA